AUGCAUUCGGCUGUUGUCUUAGCCGUAGCUGGGCUGUUAGUCGGCAUAUAUGUUACUUCGCGACGAAAAUCAACUUCGUCUCUGCCUCUGCCUCCAGGGCCUAAGCCCCUUCCAAUAAUUGGCAACGUCCACCAAGCUCCCAAGUCACACGGCUGGAAAACCUAUCGCGAAUGGAGCGAAGAAUACGGGCCCAUCGUUCACCUGAACAUGCUCGGCCAGCCCGUCAUUAUUUUGUCCAAUUCUGAAGUCGCCCACGACCUUCUAGCAAAACAGGGUGCCAUUUUCUCGGAUCGGCCUCGUCUUUUUCUGGCGACGGAGUUGGCCUUGAAGGGGCUCAAUAUCCUCAUGAUGAAUUACACUGAGCAAUUCCGACAACAUCAGAAGCUACAGGUUUCUGUACUGAAUGCAACACCGGCAGCCGCCUAUCUUCCGUUCCAGACUUUAGAAUCACAGCAAUUGAUGCAUGAUCUUCUGGAACAUGCGGGCGGCGCUGGUACUGACGUUCAAGGUCAUUUCCAGCGCGCAAUCGCAAGCAUCAUUCAUACAUUGCUCUAUGGAUUCCGCGUCAAAGAUCCCCAAGACCCCGUGCUUCGCACCGUCGUGACACUCAAUGAUGAGUUCUCUGAAUUUAUCCAAGUUGGCGCGCAUAUCGUUGAUCAGUUCCCCGUGCUGAACAACCUACCUGGGUUCUUGGCGCCGUGGCAGGCGAAGGCUGAGAAUCACUACAACACCAAGUAUGAUCUGCGGGAUAAGAACUUUAACCGCGGUAUAAACUCGGAAUCCUGGAAUAUCUCAAAGCAACUGAAGAAGACCGUCGAGAAGAACAACCUUGAUAUGCCAUUGGAUGAGCUGGCAUUUGAGCUUGGUACUAUGAUCGACGCCGCUUUGGAUGGCACCACAGACAGCUUGAUCUGGUUCGUGGUGGCUUGUAUUACACAGGACAACGAUUUCAUCACCAAAGCACGGGUUGAGCUGGACGCUGUUGUUGGGCGCGACCGACUCCCAACCUCAGAUGACAAGCCCAACCUGCCUUACAUUGACGCAAUUGUUGAAGAGAUAUUCCGCUGGCGACCUGCCGGCCCCGAGGGUGUUCCCCACUUGAAUAAAGAGGAGGCUACCUAUAAUGGAUACACUAUCCCCAAAGGGUCUGUGAUUAUACCCAACGUUUGGACAAUCUACAGAGAAGAAAAAAUAUUCGGCCCGAACCCCGAUGAUUUCAUUCCCGAUCGCUGGCUCGAAGAGGAUGGCAAGACACUCAAAUCCCUACCCUCUGCUGUCUUUGGUUAUGGCAGGCGAACUUGCCCAGGGCGGUAUGUUGCCCGCAAUGUGAUUUGGAUCGUCGUUGCCCAGAUGUUAUGGUCAUUUGAUGUCAAGGCUGGUCUGUCCGAAGAGACGGGCGAGCCUACCGUCGUUGAUCCCAUUGCAUGCACCUAUGGCCUGGUUAUGCGGGCCCUGCCUUUCAAGGCUUCGUUUAACCCUCGUGGGCCUUGGGUGCGUGAAGUUAUCACCAGAGAUGGUGACACCUACAGCAAGGACCAUGUGUCCAUGCUCAACCAAAUUGGGGCAGAGUUCUCCAAGCUAUAG